UGGGGGGUGUGCAGACCCCUCAUGGGGGGCCACAGGGGGGUCUGGGGGCGCAGCGACCCCCAGGGUGGGGAAUACAACAUUCAGAGGCUGCGGAGACCCCCCCCAAGAGGGAGAUUUUGGGGGUGCAGAGCCCCCUCCCCAGCCUGGGCCACCCUGCUAUCCGGGGGUCCCAAACCCACCCCCUUUUUGAACCACCUCGGGGUCCCACCCGCGCCCCCCACCCCAAAACUGUGGGGCGGUGCUGGAGGUGCCCGAAGCCCCCCGUGGGGCGGCCGAGUCCGGGGGUCCCCCCGAGCCGCGGGGCGGGGGGCGCGGGGCUGGGCCGUCCCCUUUAAGGCGCCGAGGGCGCAGCCGCUCACCUGGGCAGGUGACGGUGCCGGAGGUGACGGCGACGCGCGGGCGCCAUGGCCGCCUCCGCCCUCUUCAUCCUGGACCUCAAGGGCAAGCCGCUGAUCAGCCGCCAGUACAAAGGGGACGUGGGGCUGGGGGAGAUCGAGAACUUCAUGGGGGUCCUGCUGCAGCGCGAGGAGGAGGGCACGCUCACGCCCGUGCUGACCCACGGCCACGUGCACUUCCUGUGGAUCAAACACGCCAACCUGUACCUGGUGGCCACCACCAAGAAGAACGGGAACGCCUCCUUGGUGUUCUCCUUCCUCUACAAGGUGGUGGAGGUGUUCUGUGAGUACUUCAAGGAGCUGGAGGAGGAGAGCAUCCGCGACAACUUCGUCAUCGUCUACGAGCUGCUGGACGAGCUGAUGGACUUCGGCUUCCCGCAGACCACCGACAGCAAGAUCCUGCAGGAGUACAUCACGCAGGAGGGGAACAAGCUGGAGACGGGGAAGUCGCGCGUGCCCACCACGGUGACCAACGCGGUGUCCUGGCGCUCCGAGGGGAUCAAGUACAAGAAGAACGAGGUGUUCAUCGAUGUCAUCGAGGCUGUGAACCUGCUGGUGAGCGCCAACGGCAGCGUGGUGCUCAGCGAGGUGGUGGGCACCAUCAAGCUGAAGGUUUUCCUCUCGGGGAUGCCGGAGCUGCGCCUGGGCCUCAACGACCGCGUCCUCUUCGAGCUGACGGGCCGGGGCAGGAACAAGUCGGUGGAGCUGGAGGACGUCAAGUUCCACCAGUGCGUCCGUCUGUCCCGCUUCGACAACGACCGCACCAUCUCCUUCAUCCCCCCCGACGGCGACUUCGAGCUCAUGUCCUACCGCCUGCACACCCAGGUGAAGCCCCUCAUCUGGAUCGAGUCCAUCAUCGAGAAGUUCUCCCACAGCCGGGUGGAGAUCAUGGUCAAGGCCAAGGGCCAGUUCAAGAAGCAGUCGGUGGCCAGCGGCGUGGAGAUCUCGGUGCCGGUGCCCAGCGACGCCGACUCGCCCAAGUUCAAAACCACGGCGGGCUCGGCUCGGUACCUGCCCGAGAGGAACGUGGUGGUCUGGAGCAUCAAGUCCUUCCCGGGGGGCAGGGAGCACCUGCUGCGCGCCCACUUCGGGCUGCCCAGCGUGGAGAGGGAGGAGGAGGAGGGGCGGCCGCCCAUCGCCGUGCGCUUCGAGAUCCCCUACUUCACCGUGUCGGGCAUCCAGGUGCGCUACAUGAAGAUCAUCGAGAAGAGCGGGUACCAGGCGCUGCCCUGGGUGCGCUACAUCGCCCGCAGCGGGGAUUACCAGAUCCGCACCAGCUGAGGGGGGCGGGGGUCUCCCCCGGGACCCCCUGGGACCCCCCGGGACCCCCCCACUCAUUUCCAGCUCCCCCUCACGCCCACCCCGCUUUUCUUCCCCAAUAAAGAUGGAGCUGAGACCCC